UGGACUCGGCGAGCGGGGGAGCGCGGCGCCUCUCUCGCAGCGUCCCGGUUGCUCCUUCCUCAUUCGCCGUAGUGGCGGCGGCCCCGAGGGUGCAUUCGGACGGACACACGCGCAGCACACGACCCGGGCCCGGAGCCUCGCUUCGGGGGGGGGAAGAUCUGAGAGUUCUUGGGUUGUUUUGUUUCCCCCCCUUCAUUUUGUUUAAGUUUAAAUGCGGAAAAACAAAGGGGAGACGCUGUGCAAGUUUGGAGGUAAAUGGAAGGCGAGACCAAGUUGGACAAAAGCUCAAGUCGAAUUUUGCAUUCCCCACCAACGACCCUGACUUUGACCGACCAUGGCUCACCGGUCUCAGAGUUCGUCCAUUGGUGAUAACCCACUGGACCCAAACUACCUGGCCCCGCACUACAAAGAGGACUACCGACUUGCCAUCGAUGCGCUGAUAGAAAAUGAUUUAUCGGGGUACUAUGACUUCCUCCAGGGCGCAGACGUGGUCAGCUUCCUGGCACAAGUUGAAAUCGAGCACAUCAAAUCCACCACCCAGGAACCCGCUCACACCCACAGUGUUCCCGACCUGAGGUACCCAGAGGCGGGCCACAAUACGGAGGGCUCGUCCGACACCUACUGGCCCAUGCAGUCCGACCUGGCCGCCCCGGGCCUGGACCUGGGAUGGCCGCUGACCCAGAACAGCUUCAUCGGACCCACGGAAGUCACCACUCUGGUGAACCCGUCGGAGCCCAACAUGCCGAGCAUCAAGGAGCAGGCCAGGAGACUCAUCAAGAAUGCUCGCCAGGUUAUCGCAGUGGUGAUGGACACGUUCACCGAUGUGGACAUUUUCGCCGACCUCUUGGACGCGACAGCGCGCCACAUUCCUGUUUAUAUUAUUUUGGAUGAGCAGGAAGCCCACAACUUUGUCUCCAUGGUGAUCAACUGCAAGGUCAACUUGGACUUAAUCCAAAUGAUGCGUGUCAGGACUGUGGCGGGAAUAACAUAUCAAUCCCGAACAGGGAAGUCAUUCAAGGGGCAAAUGAAAGAUCGUUUCCUAUUAGCUGACUGCAGGGCUGUACUCAGCGGUAAUUACAGUUUCAUGUGGUCGUAUGAGAAGAUUCACCGCUGCAUCGCUCACCUUUUCCUCGGCGAGCUGGUGGCCACGUUUGACGAAGAAUUCCGCAUCCUUUAUGCUCAGUCGGAGCCCCUCGUCGUUGACCCGUCGGAUGGAACGCUCGCAAUCCCGGACACCGGCAGUUACCUAACCAGACAGUUAGGCGUAAAGAGGACCCAGUCCUUACGGAACGCCCUGGGCAUCCGGAGGCAACCAGAGAUAACUUCGAGCUUCCCAUACGGAGACCUGGAACGCAACCUGGCUCUUCCCUUCCGGAGAAACGACCCCUUUCGUCACACCAUUGAGUACGGGGCAGGACUUAUGAUCGGGAAGUAUACCCAGCAGCAGUUUCGUCCACAGCAGUCCUACUUGGAGCAGGGACGGUCUAUCGUGUCCCGGCAGAUGGAGAUUAGCGGCUUCAAGAGGCACAGCUACGCAGAAGGGACCCAGGAGAAUUACAUGGCCUCCAGGCACUAUAUGAAGCACAGAGUCAUGAACAAUCUGGAUGAGACGGACUUCCACAGGGAACCGAGACACCAUUUCGACAGUGAAGGUCCUGGACCAGGUUCUGGCCACGGACACCACGACAGACAUCGUCCUCCGCCUCUAGCCAUUGACCAGUAUUCAGACUCAAGCUCAUUCCGCUCAGACCUAGAGCUCAACUCCGGAAACUACGCAAGAGGUUAUGCAUAUCUUUCCUCCGAUGAUUUAAGCGGACCCGAUGGGAUUCAUGCGCCUCCGGUAGCGGGAAGGUAUGGAGGGAGCUCCGCCCAGAAGAGACCAACCAUUGGUCAGGCGUACGCUUGUCAGAGCUCACCCACACAGCCCCACCCAUCAGACAAGAAGCCAUUUCCAAAGCAUUCAGAUCAGGAGCACGACCAGGAUCCGAGCGUCCGGCAUGGACUGAGGAACUGGAGGAUCCACUCGUAUCUGAGCACAUACGAGGAAGGUGGAGAAGAAGGUCUGAAUCAACCCUUGGGGCCUGACGCAUUUGAAGAUCCUCCAUCUAAUCAGGAGCCCAGGGAAAGUUCAGCCACCCGCUUUAGACUAAAAGAGCCACCAAAUGUCGCCCCUAUGCCCAGAGCGGAUAUCCAAAAACCACGCUUUGGGAAGCCAAACGUACCUGACCGCACCGGCAAGGAUUCGACCACCAAAGAUCUGACUUCUUCAGUUUCGCUGCAUAGAAGUGAGAAGGAAGUGGAGAAAGAACGGGAAGGAGAGGAUAAGUGGGGUUCUGCAAAAGAGGACAGCAGGGAAAAAGAAGUAAAGGAAGGUCAUGAGCUCUUCCUUUCCAAACACGACUCCUUCCGCUCACGGAUCAACCCGCUCCUUCAGCGUAGCUCGCGUCUGCGCUCAUCGCUCAUAUUCUCAUCUUCCAAAGCAGAAAUGCACAGCGGGGGCGCCGGUCUAAAAUCCGCCACAGAGGACGACGGCAAGUCCUCCAUCGUAGCCCAGAUCCUAGAGAAGAGGCGGUCGUUGUCUAGAGAACCUUUCGAGUGGAAAAAGAUGGCAGAGGAACAGAGUAAGGAGAAGGACGAGGAGAAAAGUGAGGAUGCAAAGGAAAAGGAGAAACAAUUGACAGACAUAACAGCAGGAAAAGAUGAAUACCAGAAACCUCAAGCGCAGUUAGAGUCAAAUCCGAAUGUCGAGACCUCCAACACUGUCACGUCAUCACCUCUGAACAUCAAUGACCCUGCCAGUCGACUACAGUAUUUCAAAGACCUAGCUGCUAAGCGAAAAGCGUCCAAAAUAGAGACUGCAGUCCCACCGCCGGCAGAGAAGAAGCCAGACUAUUCUGACAAUUCACCCCAAAGUACUACGGCGAGUGCUGCAAUUGGUCCGACAGAAUCAGACACAAAGAAACCGGAUCCCGCAGCAAAACUGUCCGAACUCAAUUGGCGAUCUUCACUCCCGUCCCCAAAACCGUCUCUACUCUCUCCCAAGCCUUUCGUAAGCAGCGUGAAGGCUCCCGAAACCCACAAAGAGGAGAACUCAUUGGACGGUCAGAAGAAAGACAUAUUCAAGUCUUUAAAGCCCCUUGCAUCCCCCAAGAUCUUUAAGCGGGACCCGGUUAAGCUUAAGGGAAUCAAUCCUCGUAGGGUCUCCUGUGGCGAGGAUAUCAUGACGGAUGCAACAGACUCCGAGAAGUGCGAGCUGAAGAAGACUCGCUCUCAUAGUUCCUCCACUCUGCCGCACGACGAAUCCAAGGAGAAAGUUAUGGGAUCCAACACAUCCAUCAACACGCUGAGCGAGGGAAAGGGUGACGGCAAGACGCUCGACUUCCUGAAGAAACAGACUCAGAGGCUAAAGGGAUUCUUGGGGCCCAAGGAUAAGGAGAAGAAGUCCUCAGGCGAAGAUCGGGGCAGCAUGACCACCGUGAAAGAAAUGGUAGAAGAUUACACUAAAAAACAGACUAAGGACAUGGGAUCCCCCGCCGCCGAUCAGACCACUGCCAAUCACAGGACGUCGCCGGGCACGUCAGGCUCGUCACGGUACCAGCCCUCUGGGAGCUCGGUACUGUUCAGCAGCAACCUCCGCGACGACACAAAGGUCAUCCUGGAGAAGAUCUCGGCAAACAGUCAGAAGAACCGCCAUGAGCGGGACGAGGACGGAGACCGCGAAGCUAAGGACGACUUCUCCGCCAAGAAGAACUGCUUGCUGCGACCCCAAGGUGUUGUCCAGGAGAGGGAGGGACUGCUGAAGAGGAUAGAGAGCCUGAGGAAGGAGAAGAAGGUCUACAGCCGUUUUGAGAUGGGGAAUACUCUGGGAUAAAUGGGAGCCUGACAGUCGGAUGACCACGUGGGCACGAGUCGACUGAAGCGAGACCGUCAAACCCCUAACGUGCCAACGACACUCAGAAGGUUUGCUUCAACAAGACGACCUCUCCUGCUGGAUUUUUUUUAUUUUUAUUUUUUUCCACCCGGAAGAAAGCUUGAAACUACAACACAAACAAAAUGCCACCAAUUAAAAACAAAUCAAAAAUAAAUCAACGGGUGCGGAAUGCGCCUUCUUGCCAAACAUCGGUACAACUUUUACCUUGUAAGGCAACCGGAAGUGGAUAGUGUGCAAAACAGAAGAUGGCAGACGGGCUUGUUGACUGAAAGUGAAAGUGAAAAGAACACGGAGAACAAAUGAAAAGACAGGUUUAUGCCAUUCAGCGACAGAAAAACAUACUUUGCCCUUUGUUUCCUUUUUUUUACACUGGCAAUAUGUUUCUUUGUGCGCUAAAAUAAAUCUAAACAGAAACAUUAAGCGUAAGAGACUUAUUAAAACCCACCUGUUAUGUCAAUCGGAGAUGAAACACUUAUCCACUUUUAAUGUUUGUGUGUUUAAUUGGAGCGAAAUAUGAUAUAACAUGUAUGAAAUAUAGUGGGAGUAAGUGUAUAUUUGCAAAGAAAGAAACUCUAUAUAUGUUAGGCCAGGGGUGGGCAAAGUAUGGCCUGCGAGUCACAUAUGACCCACUCUGUUCUUUAAUUCGGUCCAUGGAGCAUUUACAUGAUCAAGAGUCCUGACACAUUUGUAGCAUACGUUUAGCUGUUUUCCCCCUCUAACUGGUGAAUUAACGUGUAUGGUUUAUUUUGUCUUCAUUUUGAUCACUACAUAAUUUGUUAGUUGUCUUAUUUUAAAUAUUAGCUCAUUUAAAAAAAAAAAUACAUAUAAUUUUAACAUUUACACUUUUUUUUAACCUCAAUUAUGAAUGGCCAGGCCAAUUUGUCCGAUUUAAAAUUCAACUGUGGCCCUCUCGAGCACGAAAGUUUGCCCACCCCUGCAUUAGACAGUUCUGCCCCCGUUAGCUCCUUGUGUCCAUAUGCAAAUGAAAACAUAAUAUUGAAAAUAUAUAAUAAACACAAAAUGACAAGAAGGUACGGCCUGCAGAAUACAUUUUAUUGGGAUGAUCUUUUUGUAUUUUAAAUAUAUUUUUUUCUCGAUCUUUAGAUUUCAAAUAAGAUCAUUUUGACUCACGACAUAACAGGAGGGUUCCCCGUGAUCUCAUUUCGAGCCUGUCGUCAACUUGCAGGUCGGCGCAACGGAGCUAAGCUAAGUGCGGGCGUUUUCGGGGGGCUUUGCGCUUGUUAUUUAAUGUAAAUAAACAUGUUUACAGCUUCAACGUGAACUGGAGAAAGUCCGCGUUCCCGCUUUGGAGCGCAGUGCGAAAGGAUACAAACGUUUUGCUGACGUGACUCCUGCAUUUUGGAUGUCUUCAACGAUGCCUCUGUCGGAUCGUGUGAUUAAACCAAAGAAUUAGGCUGGUCUAGUUUUUUUGAACAGUUUUAUAUGCGGGAUUGUACAUAUUCAAAAGAAUUAAUUGGUUGGCUGUUUUUAAUUAACAAAUACUUGUCACACUGUAGUAUCAAAGUAUUUUGUAUUCAUAUUUGUUUUUUUGUUUUUUUUAAAUACAAUUUGAAUACAUGGUCAUUUAGUAUUGAAGUAUGCUGCAAAUACUUUUAUUAAACCUUUUCCAAGCCACUGAUGUUCGUCUGUGC